AUGGAGGGUUUCUCUGGCGACUCCGAGGACGACAUCCCGUUUGCAUUAUUGACCAACAGGACUUCGCAAAAGAGGCAACGUUCUCCGACCGAACGCACUGCGACGCUGCUGGAUCUGGAUGUUACAGACUGUCCCAUUUGCUAUCAUCCCCUCACCAUUCCAAUCUUCCAGUGUGAUAAUGGACAUAUAGUAUGCUCUACUUGCUGCGAAAAAUUGAGCCAGAAAUGUGCAACAUGCUCUUUACCAACUCUUUCCCGCAACAGAGCCAUGGAGCGGGUUCUUGAACUACUUAAAGCUCGAUGUCCGAAUCCUGGUUGCUCCGAGAUUGUCUCUUGUUCUGAAACAUCAGCACAUGUAACUCAUUGUGCUUUCACCCAGCGCACUUGCCCUUUUAGCAGCUGUGACUUUACUUGCUCCUUCAAGGAUUUAUAUGAACACAGCGUUACUAAACACAGGAUUGCGUCACCUUACGUUCCUAAUCCUGGCCGCUCCUUUCCCUUGAGCAUGUUUAAAUGCAGAACGCCCAUGCAUGUGGCUCUCAUACCGUAUAAGAGGAUGAUUAUUAAGGAACGGACUACAGAAAGAGAAGGAGAAGGAGAGAUUGUGGUUGUGGAGUGGUUCGACAUGCCAGACGGUCGGAUAUUCUAUGCCUGCUGUAUUGGACCAGGAACAGUCAAGUUCUCCUACCAACUGAAGCUAUCUUUAGAUUCCGGUGAUGACUUGGUGUUUAACUCAAACCUCCAAAGAGUCAGUGAAGUGAGCAAUGAACCACCAAGUGCGCGUUUUUUGUUGGUUCCUUCAUGGUACAGUUACCUUUCCAUCUGCACUCCUCCAAUGGAUAUUGAUGUCGGACCUGUUGAUCCAUCUGUCCUUUACGAACAAGAACUCCAUGUCUCCUCCGCUGUCUGGGAAGCACAGUGUUGGAGUUAUUUUCACUUGGAUAUUGGUAGACCGGAGAAGUCUGAAGAGAGUUUCCCACUUGCUCUUUUGUGGAAAGGUAAAGGUAGUAGAUCCAAAACUGAUCUCUCUGAGUACCGGAGAGAGCUUGAUGAUCUAGAUCCAAGCAAGAUUGCUUGUAUGAGGGAGUUUGAGGAAGCUGCUUCAGGGAUUUCGAUGGAGAGAUUGUCUCCAAUAGAGAGGGAAGUGAUGGAGAGUGUGAAAGAUACAUUCUCUAGUAAUUUGACGUUUGGAGGAUGGCAAGAGGUGGCUGUUAACAGUAGUUACGGGAAGCGCAGGCGUCGGAAUGAUCAAACUCCGACGAUGAAUAAUGGUGGUGGUGGUGGUAGUCUUCUCGAAUCUCUACUGCUUCAAAAGGACACCUGA